AUGCGAUCGAUCCGAAUAAAGACGUCGAUGGGUAGGGUUACUUCCCCGUCCCAACGUAUUAGUCUAUCCACCUGCCAAUUAGCUCACAUUUGCAGCGGCAGCUACUUGCGUUGGAAGCAGUGCCCCUUUCUCAUUCACCCUUCCUGCGUAGCUGCUGCUUGUUUACUUCUCCUACAAGAGACCGGACCCAUACCGAUAGGUCUGCGCUGCCUGGUGGUCGGGCGCGGCCGACUUGUUGGUACUCCUGUGGCCAGCUUAAUGCUACGAUCUGCGAAUGCUACCACCACCAUCUGUCACACGGGUACCCGAUGCCUCGAGGAGGAGGUAAAUCGUGCUGAAAUCCUCAUCACAGGGGUCGGUAAGACCAAUCUAGUGAAGGGUGAUUGGAUACGUGCCGGAGCAAUCGUAAUCGACUGCGGGAUAGACGUUUCAUCAGGAAAGGUUCUUGGGGAUGUUGAGUUUGAGAAAGCUGUCAGUCGUGCUGCAUGGAUAACACCAGUGCCAGGAGGUGUUGGACCUCUCACAUUCGCCCUUCUCAUGAGGAGCACUUUGAACGCAGCAAAAAGAUUUCAUAAUUUGUCAACACACUCACCUUUAAUGGAACCAACAGGUAUCUUACUAGAAUAG